AACAUAAUACCAAGAAGGAUGGAACCGCGUGUCUCGUCGUGUAUAAAACCAAUGGCAAUCUCUCUCUCACACACAAGCAAAGGGUAUAGUUACCAAAUCUACUUUUUUAAGUCUAAAGCAAGAGAACCGAAAACCUUGACGAGGAAUAGGGGAAAUGGCUUGUUGGUCUGCUGAGAACGCCACCAAAGCUUAUCUCCGAGCCCUGAAAAUGAGAAAAAAAGGCAAAGAGCCUGACGUAGCCGAGUUCAUAUCUGCCAUUGCGGCUGGCAACAACGCGCAGCUCAUGGUGAUGGCAUGUGCUGGCGUUGCUGGAUCCACCGCCCUAGCGUUGGUCGCGGCGUCUCGUCAAACCGGUGGCCGCGUGGUCUGCAUCUUGAAUAGUCUUGACGAUUAUCAGGCAUCCAAAACUGCUCUAGGGAGCUAUGGAGAUUGCAUCCACUUCGUCAUUGGGGAUGCCAAGAGGAUUCUAAACGAUUACAAAACCGCAGAAUUCGUGCUCAUCGACUGUAAUAUCAGUGAUCACAAGGGAGUCAUAAGGGCAGCCCAAGAGGGUGCAAAGCAUGGAGGAGCCCUCAUUGUAGGCUACAACGCCCUUAACAAGGGACAAUGUUGGAGCACCGAAUUUAAGACCCACUUUCUGCCCAUCGGAGAAGGCCUGCUGGUGAUCAGAAAAGGUGCUUCCAGCAAGGCUAGUCAUGGAGUUAGCUGCGGAAAAAGAAGCCGCUGGGUUGUUAAAAUAGACAAAUGGACCGGUGAGGAACAUGUUUUUAGGAUCACUUCACCACUCCCGGAAGAUCAGAUGAUCAAAGCUUGAGGCCACAGGUUUGGUUUUAGGAACUUUUUGGGAGCAAGGAAAGGCAAUUAAUCGAGUAAAAUUACGGCAUAAAUCUUCCUUUCUUUGCUUUCUAAUUUCCUAACCAGAGUUCUAGAUAAUGGAGACAUUGACGAGCAUGUAACACCCAUCUGGCUCUGUUUUUUUGGAAGAAGUUAGAUGUUAUGUACAUAUACGAAAUUCCCCUUA